UAGAACAAAAUCCCAUCAACGGUCCUUUUCUUCAUUUGCCCAAUUACCGUAAGGUAGCUGUUUUUGCUCUUCAAAUUUUCCUUUACAGCAAAAAUGCAAAGCAGUCAAGUAAAGUAUAUUUCCCUCCUCUCAAUUCCAAUUCAAAAAUCCACUGAUUUCCCUUCAAGAUAUGUUGCAGUAAACCAUUGUGGUCCGAUCUUUCCUCGAACUCCGUGCAUGACGAAAGCUUUAAUGCAUCAUACUGCCCUUUCUUGGACCCCGCGCAUGGUAAAUCUUGUUCCCCAAAAUGCAGUACUUUCCCAUUCCCAUUUGCAUUUGCAGAAAUUCAAGAUUGUAUCAUUUUGGAAAAAGAAAAGGGCAUCUGGGUCUGUUAGAACAACCAGACUCAUGUUACAAUCAGCUUACUACAUUGCUUCAAAGCUCAAGAUUUUGCCUGAGCCAUUGGAUGUUGUUUUAAGGGAAUUUGGAGGUGGAAAUGGGGGUGGCGGAGGUGGGUUUGGGUUCGGUUCGGGUGGUUUUGAUGGGUGGGGGAAAAGAGGGAGAAGAAAGAUUGGAAAUUGGGGAUUUGGGGUUGUGUUUUUUGUGAUUCUUGGUGUGGGGUUUUGGUUGGUUUUGGGGAAAAGAUUGGAACUUGAUGUGUUUUUGGGGGUUUUGGGGUUAACCCUUUUUGGGAUUUCUGUUAAUGUGUGGAAAAAAGGGGUUUUGGAUUGGGCAUUGGGGUUUUGUUGUUGUGCUGCAUUGGUAGGUUUGUUCUUGAAAGAAGAUUUGGUUAGGUGUUUUGGUACAUUCAAGAUUGUUAGGAGGAGGAGGAAAAGAAGACUGUUUUAAGAGAAUUUGGAGGUGGAAAUGGUGGUGGUGGAGGUGUGUUUAGGUUCGUGUCGGGUCAUGAAUAGGGAGGUUUUGAUGGUAGAAGAAGAAAGAAAGUAAAUUGAGGAUUUGGGGUUGUGUUUUUCUUGAUUCUUGGUGUGGGAUUGUGGUUAGUUAACCCUUUUUGGGUUUUCAGUUAAUGUGUGGAAAAGAGGUGUUUUAAAUUGGGCAUUGGGGUUUUGUUGUUGUGCUGCAUUGGUAGGUUUGUUCUUGAAAGAAGAUUUGCAGAAAUGUGUUAGGUGUUUUGGUACAUUCAAGAUUGCUAGGAGGAAAAGACGACUGUUUUAAGAGAAUUUGGAGGUGGAAAUGGUGGUGAAGGAGGUAGGUUUAGGUUCGGUUCGGGUAAUGGAUGGGUGGAGAAUAGAUGAAUUGGGGAUUUGACGUUGGGUUUGUGAAAAAGAUUGGAACUUGAUGUGUUUUGGGUUUAACCAUUUUUGUGUUUGUGUGGAAAAGAGAGGUUUUGGAUUGGUCAUUAGAGUUUUGUUGUUGUGCUGCAUCGGUAGUUUUUUGUAUGUGGAAAAGGAGAUUUGCGGAAAUGGUUUAUGUUUUGAGGUACAUCCAAGAUUGCGAGAAGAAGGAAAAGACGACUGUUUUAACCAAAAAAUUUUGCAGUAAAAUGGAGUUUUCUGUUACAUUAUAUAGUCUUUUGUAGGAAUUGGUAGAAUGUAUUCCUUUGUUGUUUCUUUAAUCUCAUAUAUAGAUCUUAUAUGUACCAUUUUUGGUUUUGGGUA